UCCGGAUAUUUUAUGUAUUUCUGCUUAGGUUCUACAAGCGGUUGUCAAUUUGUUAACUGUAAUUUUACUGACUCCGUUAUUAACAUUAGCACAAUUCUACCUGCAACACAAGGUAAUGGCAAUAGAUUGCAAUCAAGCACACAUCAACAACUACCAAGUCAAGACGAGGUUAUUAAAAACUAUCUACUAAGGACUCAACAGCAAUUGUGCCGCAAUGCCAUCCGGUUCACACCAGCAACUUUGAAUACUAGAUACAAUGUAGACAUUGCCCACAUGUUCACUGAUCUGGAUCUACUCAAAGAAAAUGAAAAGAAGCAAGAUGUCAAGCCUACAACUUUGAACGAGGUUUUAAAUAUUAUAAAAUCCACACCUGCAUGUAAAGUUCUAAUAGAAGGUGAGGGUGGUAUUGGCAAAUCAACCCUCCUCCGGUACAUAGCAUACAAUUGGGCCACAGAAUCAGACAAAACUUUCAAAGGUAAAAUAGUCUUUCUUGUCAACAUAUCCACUAUUGACAAAAGUGAAACCUUUUUGGAUGGUAUUUUAAAACAAAUAGACAUAGAGGAUUUUUAUCUUGAAACAACUCUUUCUCAAGAUCCUGUAUUAGUUAAACGAUUUAUUAGGAAUCACGAUAAUGACAUUGUAUUGUUAUUAGAUGGAUUAGAUGAAUUGAAAGAGGGUAGUAAGAGUCCAAUAUGCUUAUUCAAAAAAGAAAAAAUGCCUAAAUGCAAAGUAAUACUUACAUCAAGACCUGAAAAAAUAGAUGAGUUUGUUAAAGAGAGCAGCAUACAUGUGAAAGUGAAGGGAUUCAGUGCAGUUAAUAUAAGAAAUUACAUUAAGAAACAUUUUGAGUAUUUUAAAGAACCUGCAUUAGGAGACUCUCUUUUAGAUGAGUUGGGGCUGAAUUCAAAAUAUAAAUAUAUGUAUAAACAUGAUGACGUCAUAUCAAUGUGUAAAAAUCCAAUGUUGCUUCUAUCAGUAUGUAUUAUGUGGGAAGAAAGGCAACACCUUCCAGCUGAUAAAGCUGAUCUCUUUAAAGAGAUUUUUAAAACCAUCUUGAAUCAGUUCAUUGAAAAACAAGCAGAUAAGGAGCAAAAAAUCUCAGUAUUCACAAAUAUUCCACAAAAGUAUGUUAAACUGAUACUGCUGUUAGGGAAGUGUAUGUAUAAUGGCUUAAAACGAAAUCAACUUUCAAUAAACAAAGCAGAUUUAGAAGGAAGAGAAGAAAUGGUUGCCUUAGCUUUAAAACUGGGAUUUGUGUACAAAGAUACACCAAACCUAAAGUCAGAUUUUGAAGAGAUUUAUACAGCUCCUCACAAAUUAAUAGUAGAGUCAUUGGUAGGAUUUUACUUAUGCAAACUAUGUCAGGCAGCAGGAUUGGAGAGUGAGUGCUCAGUGGGCAUGAAUAUGUUACUUCAGCCGGUGGAUGAUAAUGAAUGGAAGAUUAUAAGAGAAAAUACACACUUGCACAAUGCAAGAGUGUUUGCAAUUGGAUUUCUAGGUACUGGUGCUGGCAUGUUUUUUAAUCACUGGAUAACAAACAAUCUAUCAACAUAUCGCUCUUUAAUGCUACAUUUUAAAUUUGUGAAAAUAGAGAACAGGAGUACUGUAGUAAAGGAACUAUUUGAUGAAAUGACUAAGAAAAAUUUAGAAAUAAUGCCACACAUAAAUGACAUAUGUGAAUCACUAAGAAAAAUUAUCCAUCACUUCAUGUCUGAUGUAGAGGUCAAUGAAAUUGAAAAUUUUCUUCAAAUUAUGCAAAUUUUCAGUACACGUUCAAAGUUUUCUGCAAAAUUUGGUAGAGAUAUGUUUAUGUCUUGGUUUGAAUUUUCUGGUAAGGAAAUGUCACCUGAAGAAAAAUGCAAAAUGAUUGCCCACAUCAUGAUUGCUGUAUCAGAUCAAAGUGCUAUUUUGCAUUUAGCAAGUAAAAUAUGUGGUGAUGAUAUUAAAUACCUAACAGAAGAAUGUCAAAAACUGAAUUUCAAAUAUGAUAUUACAGAAUUUCAAUUGUGUCGCUUAUGUACUGCUUCUUUUAUAAUUCAUCUGUUUAGUUUUGCACCACAGCUUUACUUAUUGGUGUGCUUCUCAAAUUGUAUUACAGGUGCUAUUAUGAAUGAUGUGAUGAAAGAGUGUUGUAGAGCAGGAGUCAAGUUAGAAUUAAUGGAGCUUUAUAUCAGUAAUAAUAAUCUCAGUGACAUUGAUGGUUCAUUAUUAGCAUCUUUAUUGGCUAUUGCUUCUACUCUGAGUACUCUUAAGAUGAGUGGUUGCAGUUUAUCAGGUGUAAUUGUGAAUGAUAUGAUGAGAGAGUGUUGUAGAGCAGGAGUCAAGUUAAAAUUAAUGAAGCUUGAUAUCAGUGGUAAUAAUCUCAGCAACAUUGAUGGUUCAUUUUUAACAUCUUUAUUGGUUAUUGCUCCUACACUGAGUAUUCUUAACAUGAGUGGUUGCAGUUUAUCAGGUGUAAUUGUGAAUGAUAUGAUGAGAGAGUGUUGUAGAGCAGGAGUCAAGUUAAAAUUAAUGAAACUCAAUAUCAGUGAUAAUAAUCUCAGUGACAUUGAUGGUUCAUUAUUAGCAUCUUUAUUGGCUAUUGCUUCUACACUGAGUACUCUUAAGAUGAGUGGUUGCAGUUUGUCAGGUGUAAUUGUGAAUGAUAUGAUGAGAGAGUGUUGUAGAGCAGGAGUCAAGUUAAAAUUAAUGAAGCUUGAUAUCCGUGAUAAUAAACUUAGUGACAUUAGCUGUACAUUAUUAGCAUCUUUAUUGGCUAUUGUUUCUACACUGAGUACUCUUAACAUGAGUGGUUGCAGUUUGUCAGGUGUAAUUGUGAAUGAUAUGAUGAGAGAGUGUUGUAGUGCAGGAGUCAAGUUAGAAUUAAUGAAGCUUGAUAUCAGUGAUAAUAAUCUCAGUAACAUUGAUGGUUCAUUAUUAGCAUCUUUAUUGGCUAUUGCUUCUACACUGAGUACUCUUAAGAUGAGUGGUUGUAGUUUAUCUGGUGUAAUUGUGAAUGAUAUGAUGAGAGAGUGUUGUAGUGCAGGAGUCAAGUUAGAAUUAAUGGAGCUUGAUAUCAGUGAUAAUAAUCUCAGUAACAUUGAUGGUUCUCUGUUUGUAUCAUUUUUGGGAAUUAUUUCUAAACAUUUCUAUUUAUCAAUAAGGAAUGGUAGUUCAUCAUGUAUUUUUAGAAAAUUGUAUGCUUUCAAUGGUAAUAAUUUAUUUAGCCUUAAGAUCAGUGGUAAUAUCCUCGAUAUUAGUGGUUUCUCAUUAGCGUGUUUACUUAUUACUAUUAAACUGGGUGACCUUACAUUAACAAAUUGCAGUUUAUCAGGUGUAAUUGUGAAUGAUAUGAUGAGAGAGUGUUGUAGUGCAGGAGUCAAGUUAGAAUUAAUGGAGCUCAAUAUCAGUGAUAAUAAUCUCAGUGACAUUGAUGGUUCAUUAUUAGCAUCUUUAUUGGCUAUUGCUUCUACACUGAGUACUCUUAAGAUGAGUGGUUGCAGUUUGUCAGGUGUAAUUGUGAAUGAUAUGAUGAGAGAGUGUUGUAGUGCAGGAGUCAAGUUAGAAUUAAUUGAGUUCAAUAUCAGUGAUAAUAAUCUCAGUAACAUUGAUGGUUCAUUAUUAGCAUCUUUAUUGGCUAUUGCUCCUACACUGAGUUCUCUUAACAUGAGUGGUUGUAGUUUAUCUGGUGUAAUUGUGAAUGAUAUGAUGAGAGAGCGUUGUAUAGCAGGAGUCAAGUUAGAAUUAAUGGAGCUUGAUAUCAGUGGUAAUAAUCUCAGUAACAUUGAUGGUUCAUUAUUAGCAUCUUUAUUGGCUAUUGCUCCUACACUGAGUACUCUUAACAUGAGUGGUUGUAGUUUAUCAGGUGUAAUUGUGAAUGAUAUGAUGAGAGAGUGUUGUAGAGCAGGAGUCAAGUUUGAAUUAAUGGAGCUUUAUAUCAGUGAUAAUAAUCUCUGCAACAUUGAUGGUUCAUUAUUAGCAUCUUUAUUGGCUAUUGCUUCUACACUGAGUACUCUUAAGAUGAGUGGUUGUAGUUUAUCAGGUGUAAUUGUGAAUGAUAUGAUGAGAGAGUGUUGUAGUGCAGGAGUCAAGUUAGAAUUAAGUGAGCUCAUUAUCAGUGUGUCUUUACUUAUUACUAUUGAACUGAAUGAGCUUACAUUAAGAAAUUGCAGUUUAUCAGGUGCAGUUGUGAAUGAUAUGAUAAGAGAGUGCUGUAGUAAAGGAGUCAAGACAGAAAUAAAGGUGCUUGAUAUCAGUGAUAAUAAUUUCAGUGACAUUGAUUGUUCAUUGUUAGCAUCUUUAUUGGCUAUUGCUUCUCAACUGAGGACUCUUAACAUGAGUGGUUGCAGUUUGUCAGGUGUAAUUGUGAAUGAUAUGAUGAGAGAGUGUUGUAGUGCAGGAGUCAAGUUAGAAUUAAUUGAGCUCAAUAUCCAUGAUAAUAAUCUCAGCAACAUUGAUGGUUCAUUAUUAGCAUCUUUAUUGGUUAUUGCUCCUAUACUGAGAAUUCUUAAAAUGAGUGGUUGCAGUUUAUCAGGUGUAAUUGUGAAUGAUAUGAUGAGAGAGUGUUGUAGUGCAGAAGUCAAGUUAAAUUUAAUGAAGCUCAAUAUCAGUGAUAAUAAUCUCAGCAACAUUGAUGGUUCAUUAUUAGCAUCUUUAUUGGCUAUUGCUUCUACACUGAGUACUCUUAACAUGAGUGAUUGCAGUUUAUCAGGUGUAAUUGUGAAUGAUAUGAUGAGAGAGUGUUGUAGUAAAGGAGUCAAGACAGAAUUAAAUGUGCUUGAUAUCAGUGAUAAUAAUCUCAGCAACAUUGAUGGUUCAUUGUUAGCAUCUUUAUUGGUUAUUGCUCCUAUACUGAGAAUUCUUAACAUGAGUGGUUGCAGUUUAUCAGAUGUAAUUGUGAAUGAUAUGAUGAGAGAAUGUUGUAGUGCAGGAGUCAAGUUAGAAUUAAUGGAGCUCAAUAUCAGUGAUAAUAAUCUCAGCAACAUUGAUGGUUCAUUAUUAGCAUCUUUAUUGGUUAUUGCUCCUAAACUGAGUACUCUUAACAUGAGUGGUUGCAGUUUAUCAGGUGUAAUUGUGAAUGAUAUGAUGAGAGAGUGUUGUAGUGCAGGAGUCAAGUUAAAAUUAUUGAAGCUUAAUAUCGGUGGUAAUAAUCUCAGUAACAUUGAUAAUUCUUUGUUAGCAUCUUUAUUGGUUAUUGCUCCUAAACUGAUUGGUCUUUACAUGAGUGGUUGCAGUUUAUCAGGUGUAAUUGUGAAUGAUAUGAUGAGAGAGUGUUGUAGUGCAGGAGUCAAGUUAGAAUUAAUUGAGCUCAAUAUCAGUGGUAAUAAUCUCAGCAACAUUGAUGGUUCAUUAUUAGCAUCUUUAUUGGUUAUUGCUCCUAUGCUGAGAAUUCUUAACAUGAGUGGUUGCAGUUUAUCAGGUGUAAUUGUGAAUGAUAUGAUGAGAGAGUGUUGUAGUGCAGGAGUCACAUUAUAUUUAAUGGAGCUCAAUAUCAGUAAUAAUAAUCUCAGCAACAUUGAUGGUUCAUUAUUAGCAUCUUUAUUGGUUAUUGCUCCUACACUGAGGACUCUUAACAUGAGUGGUUGCAGUUUAUCUGGUGUAAUUGUGAAUGAUAUGAUGAGAGAGUGUUGUAGUCGAAGAGUCAAGUUAAAAUUGAACCAGCUUGAUGACACAAUAUAG